AUGUUCUUUAUAUCGAAUUUCAAGAAUGAAAAGGAACGGUCAGCUGAGGAAGUCCUUUCCAUUACUUCGUCUUAUAAUCUCCAAGAUAGUGUUCCUCUUCACGAGAAUGUCAAUUUAUAUAAUCACGAUAAUUCAUCAAUCGAAGUUAAACACUUUAUUAAAAAGAUGAAAGAUGUCAAUGAUCGUCUUUUCAAUUAUAAUUUAGAACUAUCAGCUGAAAAGAAGUCAAAAACAGUACGUAGAUCAAAAUGGGUGAAGGAUAUAAAACCCUUGGUUGAAAAAUAUCCAUCCACAAAUUGA